UCCCCGAGUUCCCUCGCGCAGUAACCCACAGUAACCGUUGCGGCGUCUCUUCUGGUUUCUCCAUCAUCGCACUUGGCGCGCACACGUCCAUCGAUCCUCGAGUACAUCACGUCGACGAGAAUCCGUUAAAAUCAGACCGAUCGCCAUGGCAGAGGAGUACUUGUACGGAAUUACCCUCGAGGGACCGAAAGCCAGCAAGGUAUGGGACCCGGAGCACAAGAACGAGGAUUCCGACAGCAACGCGGCACAGCAUAUUGGCGCUGAUCAGAAACUCAUCAUAAAAAUGGCUCUUCUGGGACCAGAAGCCAAACCUGGUGAGCUCAAUGUAUUGCAGGUUGAAGCAAUGGGAUUGAAGGGACCCAUUAAAACCCCAAUUGCUCUGUUGGAAAUGGGGAAAACUGCACAGAUCAUUCUGGAUCUCAGUUUCCCAGAUCCUCCAGUUACGUUUACAUUGGCCCAGGGUAGUGGGCCUGUUCACAUAGUAGGACAUAAUCUCCUUGGUGCGCACAUUGAGGAAUUUGAUGAUAUAGUAGAUGAUGAUAUGGAAGAAGAAAACAUUGAUGAGGAGGAUGACGAAAAGGAUUCGGAAGAUGAAGACGACGAAGAUGAUGAACCUAAGAAGAAAAAUGCCAAACUAACUGGGAAAUACAAAAAUCAGGCUAACAAGAACAAGAAAAAAUAAACAUGAGCCUUAACGUUAUGGAAAUAAAAUAAACUUUUAAGUUAGGCUAAUAAUAAGUCCACCAUUAUCAUCCGCGUUUCUUCCGCGAAUUUAGUAUCAUUUCAUUAGACUAUCACACGCGAUAAAAAAGCUGCCUUCCACCUUUCUCAAACACAACUGGACCAACGAAAUGUCGAUAAGAUAUUAUAUUGACUCUGACAUGAUUGAGUCACAUUUUAUUAGAUUGCUUGCGAAAAAAGUAUUAUUCGUUUCAUCUUGAGAUAUAACUGAAACAUAUCCUUUGUUGAAUAAUUGAACAAUUUUUGAUGAAAUUUUAUACAGAUGUAACAAUAUAUGCAGAGAACAAAGUUCUUAAGACUAAAUCUUGCUAUGAUUGAUUAUUGAAAAUGGUAUUUAUUAUUAUAUCGCACUUAAUACAAAAGUGUACUACUUUAAUACGGCAAAACGAUGUUUCAUUUUUGGCCCAGUUACUGUAAAAUUUGUGGAAAGCAUGAACGGAUCUACUGCGAAAUGUUUUGUAUCUUCAUUUUACCUUCUCGAAGAUCGUGUUCAUACCGAUGCACUUCCAGAAAUGCAAAAAUAUAUUAUUCUAAAAAGUAGUGGUUCUUAAAGAUAAUUUUUUAAAAAUUGCGUCCUUGUGAGAAAUUGUGAAAAUAAGGUUUCAGUGUAAUUUAUUAUUUUCGUGUGUACAAGAUGGGGAAACGAUUAUACAGCGUCAUACAGAGAUCCUAAUUCCAAAACUUUAUUUAUAUCAGUAAACAAUAUCAGCAUUAAUGGAAAUAUUAAGGAGAACGUAAACAUAUGUCAUCUCUCAACAUUCAUUCCAUUUGAUGAAACGUAAUAGAAAUGGGAAUCGCAGGUGUACCGGGUAAAGGGAUGCUUUUACAUCAGUAUCAUGUACGAUCUUGGCAUAUACGGUGCGUGUAUAAAAAAAACACGUAUGUGCGGUUGAUAAGUAGUCUGUACACCUAUUUUGUACAUAUACGAUACAAUAAAAAAUUUCACAACUUUUAAAGUC